UGGGCUCCGGUCCAGGGCGGCGGAGAACAUGGCGGUUUGUACAGGAAUUAAGGUUCCUCGUAAUUUUCGAUUAUUGGAAGAACUUGAAGAAGGGCAGAAAGGUGUAGGAGAUGGCACAGUCAGCUGGGGCCUUGAAGACGACGAAGAUAUGACUCUCACUAGGUGGACAGGAAUGAUAAUUGGGCCACCCCGGACAAACUUUGAAAAUAGAAUUUACAGCUUGAAAAUAGAAUGUGGACCUAAAUAUCCAGAAGCCCCUCCAACAGUUAGAUUUGUAACAAAAAUGAAUAUGAAUGGAAUAAAUAAUUCAAAUGGAGUGGUGGAUACACGAAGCAUACCUGUUUUAUCUAAGUGGCAAAAUUCUUAUAGCAUUAAAGUUGUUCUUCAGGAACUUAGACGCCUGAUGAUGGCCAAAGAAAAUAUGAAGCUUCCACAACCUCCAGAAGGACAAUCUUACAAUAAUUAAUUAACAAAGGAAAAUGUCCAUUCUUCUUCCUUAGCCCCCUCCCAACACACACAAAUUUUAUAGGGGCUUGUAAUGUUUAAAGUUGCAUGCCUCUUCCACUUUGAGAGGGUUAACCCUUUCAACCCUGACCAGCCUCUUUUGGCACAAUUUGCACAUGACUCAUUCUAUGUCAGAACGUGUCCACCAGUUAUGAAGACUUAUUGAAUGGCUGUUCAUCAUGGAUUCUUUAUACAUCUGUUACUAAGUCUACAACUCUUAUUGCAACCUGACUAUACUGUGUCCCCAAGACACAGAUACAAGUAUAAAAAAAUAGAGUCAGGGGUGAAGGGGUUGCAAAUUCAUAUUAUAAUAGGGAUUGUCUUUCACAGAGUAUUUACACAUGGGCAUUUCUAAAGAGCAGCAGUUCAUGUUCUGAUAUUAACUGAAAAAUAAAGUCCCUCUGUUUACUUUA